GAUAGAGAGAGAGAGAGAGAGAGAGAGAGAAACAGAGAGAGAGAGAGAGAAAGAAACUAGUGUUGAAACUAAGGAUUCAGUAAUAGCAGCACGAUCGAUUUAACUGUAUGACUAAACGAUAUUUAUCAGUUUGUUGUGGUUCAUAAAUGUGUCGACAUGUUAAGAACUACCAAGAACGAAAAUGAUCAGAAAUCGUCUAUCGAUAAUAAUGGCGAUCGAGCAAUGGGAACUAAUUUAAAUAAUAGUGAAAAAUAUUGUAUUAAAAAAAAUGACACGAGUGAGAUCAAGUCUGAAAGUCGAGUUCUUGUUUUGUAUACCGGUGGUACUAUAGGAAUGAUUAGAAAUGAAAGUGGAGUUCUAGUACCAAAAGCCAAUUCUUUUGUCAAUACUUUACGACAAUUUUCUCAAAUGCACGAUCGUGAUUAUGCCAAGAAAAUGUACGGCGAAAUGGCUAACGAGAGUCCUUUGAUCUUACCGGUUAAAACAACAGAUAAUCGUCGUAUCAUUUACGAGGUAUUAGAAUAUUCACCACUUUGCGAUUCCAGUGAUAUGACUAUGGACGAUUGGAUUCUUAUUGCUAAUGAUAUCAAAAAAUAUUACAAUAAUUUUAAUGGAUUCGUAAUAUUACAUGGAACAGAUACAUUGAGUUACACAGCAUCUGCUUUAUCAUUCAUGUUGCAAGAUCUGGAUAAGAUCGUUAUCUUAACUGGUUCUCAAGUACCUAUAUUCGAUACAAGAAAUGAUGGAGUAGAUAAUUUUCUUACAUCUUUGGUAAUAGCAGCAAAUUAUAAUAUACCGGAAGUGUGCGUAUUUUUUGGGACUAAUCUUAUGCGAGGUAAUCGUACCAGCAAAGUCUCGGCUACUUCCUUCGAUGCAUUUCACUCUCCAAAUUUUCCAUCUUUGGCUACGGUCGGAAUAAAUAUAGAAGUCGACUAUUGUUUGUCGAAAUAUCCUCAAAGUCCAAGAAAUUUAUCGGUACAUUCGAAAUUGAAUCGAAACGUCUGUUUCCUACGACUUUUCCCUGGUAUUACUGCUGAUCUAGUGAAAGGAUUUCUUCAAUCACCAAUUGAAGGUGUUGUAUUGCAAACAUAUGGUUCUGGUAACAUACCAAGCAAUCGCGAAGAUAUAUUCGCUGAAUUUCGCGAGGCUACACGACGUGGUAUUAUUAUCGUUAAUAUAACUCAAUGUACAACUGGUCGUGUAUCGAAUACCUAUAAAGCAGGAGCAUUAUUAAAGGAAGCUGGUGUAAUAUCUGGUUUUGACAUGACACCGGAAGCUGCUCUAACAAAGUUAGCUUAUGUAUUAUCUAAUACCGAUUGGGAUAUAAAAACAAAACGAAGAAUGAUACAAAGUAAUUUGCGUGGUGAAUUAACAUCAAGCCAACUUCCAUUCAUGCUCGAAUCAGAUCUCGUUAGUGCCGUAGCGAGAUCAUUGAAAUUAUCUUUGAGAACUGAAUUUCAAGAACUGACCUCCAUACUUUUUCCUUCUAUGCUUAAUGCGGCUGUAGUUAAAUGCGAUAUAGACAAAUUAAAAUCAUUGAAGGAAUAUGGUGCUAACAUAUCACAAACAAACGCAGAUGGUCGAACUGCGCUGCACAUUGCUUGCUGUCAAGGAAAUUUAAAUAUUGUACAAGAACUAUUGAAAAUGGGUGCAAACGUUAAUAUAAAAGAUCGUUUUCGACGAACUCCACUUAUCGAAGCUAUUGAAAAUGAUCAUCACGAGACUAUCAACAUUUUGUUAGAACACGGUGCUAAACUCGAUAAAGAUACUAUAGAAAAUAAAAUUUGUGACGUAAUUGGAUCUGGAAACUUGAGACGUCUUCAAUCAUUUUUGAUUGCCGAUCCUGACGCAUCUCAAACAAUGGAUACAUCUGGAAGAACGCCUUUGCAUUUAGCUGCGCUACAUAACGACGUAACUAUUAUUAAACUACUUUUAAAUCACGGAGCAAAUCCAAAAUCUACUGACAUGAUCGGACAUACACCAUUCGAUCUUGCGAAAUUAGUUGGUGCGGUGGAUGCAAUGGAGUGUCUUACACUUCACGACAUUAAUAAAUAAUGUUAAAUAAAUUAA